CAUAGUCUGUAUAAACUAAGCAGCCGUUGGCCGUUCCCAGUUUCUCCUGUUUUUCUUGAUGAUGAAGAUGAUGACGAUGAUGAUGAUGAUGUAACGCUCCCCUCGUCCUAUCAGAGCAGCAGAGCAGAGUCUGGUGUCUGUGGCUGAGGGUCCUUCAUCCAGACGUGUGUGACUCUUCAUCAACGGACGACAGCAGAAAUGGAUCCUGAUAGUAAGAGAGGUGAGGCUGUUCCACUGUAUGAGGGGAAGUAUAAUGCGUACCCUGAACAGCAGGGACAGUUCGGCCCCUCUGGACAGUUUGGCCCUUCUGGACAGUUCGGCCCCUCUGGACAGUUCGGCCCCUCUGGACAGUUCGGCCCCUCUGGACAGUUUGGCCCUCCUGGACAGGGCGGACAGCCUGGACAGCCUGUUGGACCUGUAGUGGUUGACCAUACCACUGUGGAGAUCACCACUAAGCCCCCCCGGGACCACUUCAUCUGGUCCAUACUCAGUCUUUUCUACGCAAACAUUUGCUGCAUCGGACUGGCAGCUCUCAUCUGCUCGAUCAAGGCCAGAGACCGGAAGAUGGUUGGAGAUAUGGUUGGUGCCCGACACCACAGCUCCACCGCCCGCACACUCAACAUCAUCAAUUCCUCUCUGGUUAUCGUCAUUAUUAUCGUUAUCGGCUUUUGGGCCCGCAGGUAGUAAACGAGCAGAGACGUCGGCUGUUGCUGCUCGAUUCUCUGAUCUGUCACAUUUUAUACAUUUCAUAUCUUAAACAUGUGAACACAACUGAUUUGUAUUUGUGUCUCCAAACAGUUUCAUUUGACAAUAAAAGAGUUUCCUAACCCG